CAUGCUCAACCCCUCGACCCCCUGCCUCGAAACCGGCUUUCACACCGAUAAAGGACAUUUAGGCAUGUACCUGGCUCUGUAGAGGACAGGUCUUUAUAAUAAUUAAGCAACAGUGAGUAGAAAACGAAAAGUCCAAGAAACCGUAAUGAGCAGGAGAAUGGCGUACCAAAAGCUGGAAGAAACCAGCGUUGCCUGCCCCAGUCUGCAGGACUAUAACGUGUUCAUAGUGGGGUACAAGGGACACGGCAAGUCAGCCACUAUGAUGAACAUUAUUCGGGACGUAGAAUAUAAGGGAGCCGCGGGGUACAAAAUUGAGGAGAGAACACACGAGAAAUGUACAUUCUAUGAUACGCCUGGUUUCGGCUCACUGGACACAACGGACUCGCACGUGCUGCGCGUGAUAAACGCAAAAGCCAACGCGGUCGGUGAAGUGCACGCUUUGUUAUUCGUACUGCGUUAUUCGCGCAUCACAAGUUCCGUGAUUUCUUUAAUACGCCAACUUAAGGACGCAUUCGGGCCAGACUACCCCAAACGCACCAUCAUAGUCUUUACUUUCACUAACCAUGAAGCCGACUUAAAGUUAGCCGACUAUUUGAAUGACAGUCCGCCGGAAUUUCAGAAAUUUGUCGGCUUGUGUGAGGGCAGAGUAAUCAUGUUGGAAAAUUCUGACUUCCAGACUGGGGAAACUGCUGCCUCACAAAUUGUGGACAUGAUAACAAACAGGAUGCAUUCAGAGCCGUUGGUAGUUCCAUGGUCUAGAUUGAACGCGUGUUUGUGGGCGUGUCUGGACCUCGUGGUGUUCGUGAUUUCCAGUUCAUGGCAGGGUCUGUGUCACCUGUACAGGGUCGUAGUUGAGUGCUGUGGUGAUGUGAUUUCCAGUUCAUGGCGGGGCCUGUGUCACCUUUACAGGGUCGUAGUAGGACGGAGGUGAUGGGAAAAAUUGGACUGUCUUAACGUUUUGUAUAAAAAAAUACGUCCUUUAAGAAUGACUUUUUUUAUUAAUUUAGUAUAAAAAGUAAGAAAGGGGACUGAUGUGGGGUGCAGGUUUUCAUUUACAAAUAAAUAAAUAAAUUAAUUAAUUAAUGGCUUGUGCAAGUUGCAUUUCCAUUUGUAUGAAUAUUGUGUAUGUUUCUUGAGAACAGAAAGUAGAUAAUAAUUUUUCUAGGAACGGUUGUUGUUUAUUCAAACUGGAUUUUUUCUGUUGGUAUUUUAAGUUCCGUUUUAUCCAACUAAAAGUACAGGUGUUUCACAUUAAUAGGCAUGUGAUCGUAAUGCGGUCAACCACUUUUUUUAAUCUCACAUGUACACGUGUAGACUCUAAAAGCAGAAAAAUUGUGACAUUCAAACAGCUGUUGACGUUCACAUUACAUUGUAGCUGCAUUUUUAAAGAGGUUAAAUGGUGCAUGUGGUGAAAUAUACAUGAAUAAAUGAAAUGGAAUGAAAAUGUC